UGCAUCCACGACAGGGAUCAAUUGUUUUGCCUCCUAAAUCAUAUCCUAUUGACAUUACAUUUCCUUCAUUUUUUUUUUUAUUUGUGUUUAUAAGAAUAAAAUUGUUCAUAUUGCAAAGACCAACAAACAACUGUAAUAUACACCAAGGUGAAGUUAAGAACUCUACACUAGUAAAGGAAAAAAAGGCAAUAGAAAAAGGCCAAUUGACCUUUUUAUAUAAAGAAAAGCUUGGGAAGGUGGGGAGGGCAGGGCACACUAUCCAAACAAACUCUCUUAGCAUAUCUCUCAUGACACAAAGGCUUUUCUCCAUGUGAUUUUCUGCCAGUUGUGCCACACCACCAACACCAAUGUCUCAUCCUAGCUCCUUGAGCUUCUUCUUGCUUCUUUUCUUACUUGCUUCAACCUUUCUUUGCCAGAUCUGUUCAGCUACAGAUGAAGAUGAUGAACAAGGCUUGGCUGUAGCUGUAGAUCCAAACCUAAGGUUUGAGAAUCCAAGUCUCCGUCAAGCCUACAUUGCUCUCCAAGCUUGGAAAUCAGCCAUCUAUUCAGACCCAUUAAACUUCACAGCCAACUGGGUAGGCCCAAAAGUUUGUUCCUACAAAGGUGUGUAUUGUGCUCCAUCUCCCACCAAUGAUUCACACAGAGUUGUAGCUGGCAUUGACCUCAACCAUGCUGACAUUGCUGGCUAUCUGCCUCCUGAGCUUGGCCUCCUCACAGAUCUAGCUCUCUUUCACCUCAACUCAAAUCGUUUUUGUGGGGUUGUACCCAAGACUUUCAACCGCUUGAAACUCCUCUAUGAGCUUGACAUCAGUAACAAUCGCUUUGUGGGAAAGUUUCCAAAUGUUGUCUUGUCUUUGCCAACACUCAAAUACCUGGACCUUCGUUUCAAUGAGUUUGAAGGUUCUGUCCCUUCCCAACUCUUUGACAAAGAUCUUGAUGCUAUCUUUAUCAAUGACAACAGGUUCAGAUUUGGCAUCCCAGAGAAUCUUGGUAACUCACCAGUUUCAGUGUUGGUCUUUGCCAACAACAACCUUGGUGGGUGUAUACCAGGCAGCAUUGGAAAGAUGGGAAAAACACUCAAUGAGAUUAUUCUCUUGAAUGACAAUCUCACUGGGUGUUUGCCUCCAGAGAUUGGGCUUCUUAGGAAGCUUACUGUGUUUGAUGUGAGCUUCAAUCAUUUACAAGGCUCAUUGCCUUCAAGUAUUGGAAACAUGAAGAGCUUGGAGCAACUUGAUGUAGCUCACAACAGCUUCACUGGUGUUAUACCAAAGAGUGUGUGCGAGUUGCCGAAGUUGCAAAACUUCACCUAUUCUUUCAAUUAUUUCACUGGAGAAGCUCCAGCUUGUGCUGCUAUAUCAGGAAGAGGUAUAGCCAAUGGUAAAAAGAAUUGCAUUCCUGGCAAGAUUGAUCAACGUUCUUCACGAGAAUGUUCUUCAGAACCUGCUCACCCUGUUGAUUGUAGAAAGCUCAAAUGCAGUGGCAGCAGUGGCGGCGGCGGUGGUGGAGGCCAUUCACCAAGGCCAGGUGUUAGUCCUAGUCAUACACCUCCACCACCAACAUCAGAGUCUUCACCUACCUUUAGAUCACACCCUCCACCUCCACCAUCACACAUUUCACCAACACCAUCUCCUCCCAAAAAGCCAUACCACUCACCACCUUCACCACCACCUCCUACUCAUAGGGAAUCACCAAGGACAUACCUCCCACCACCACCACCACAUUCAUCAAAUGUACCAUCAUACCCACCAACUGUUCCUGUCUUACCUCCAACCUAUCCACCUUUGACACCACCGUCACCUCCACCAACUGUGCCUGCACAACCACCAGCUAUUGGUGUCAAACCACCUACCUAUCAACCUGUCUCACCACCACCACCACCACCAGUUGCAUAUGGGCCUAAACAUUCGCCUCCACCUCCACCUCCCCAGCAUUCAGCUGAAGCUCCACCACCAAGUCAUUACUACGGUCACACUUCACCACCACCGCCACCACCAAGUCAUUACUACGGUCAAACUUCACCUCCACCACCACCACCAAGCCAUGGCUACGGUCAAACUCCACCACCACCACCACCAAGUCAUGGCUAUGGUCAAACUCCACCACCACCGCCACCGCCACCGCCACCAUCACCAAGUCAUCACUACCAUUACACAUCACCGCCGCCACCACCACCACCAAGUCAUCAACCUUACACUCCACCACCACCAUUGCAUCAAUAUGGAACCCCUCUACCUCCACCAAAUGAGCCAAUAUGGCAUAAUCCCCCACCACCUCCAACCGGCGGUUGUCCCACUCCAGUGUCAGCACCACCACCACCAACCCAUUCAGUGCCAAGUCCUCACCCUUCAAAACCACACCCACCUCCUCACCAAACACCAUCAUCACCUCCACCGGAUAACACGCCACUUCCACCUAUUAGAGGAGUAUCAUAUGCAUCACCUCCUCCCCCUGUAAUUCCUUAUUAUUAGAAUCUUCAAUCCAACUAUCGCUUUCUAUUUUCAUUUUCUUUCAUCAUCAACCAAGAAGAAAAAAAAAAAAAAAAAAAAAACCCAGAGUAUUAUUCUUUUUGCUGCAAGCCCAACAACCCGGAUAGCAGACCAAGCACGAUUGGUUCUAUUGUAUUGUGUGCACCUUUUUUUUUUUUUUUUUUUAAACUCUCUCGAAGCAGUGUAAUUUUCUAUUAGAGGUUGCUUCCAUAGCAAUAGUAGUUUCUUCAUUGCUGUUUAA